AGCUGAACCCCAAGCGCUGCUCCCUGGUGCGACCCGGCGACCAGCAGCCCCGGCCCCUGGAGGCUUUCACCCGUGGCAUGAACCUCUCCAAGAUCGUCCGCUCCGCCCUGCCUGCCGGGCACAAGUCCAUCGUCUCCUUCCGCCAGCUGCGGGACGAGGUGUUCGGGGAGCUGGCCAACGUGGAGCAGGUGGCUGGGGUCAAGUGGGCCCGCUUCCCUGAUCUGAACAAACUCCUCAAGGGCCACCGCAAAGGGGAGCUCACCGUCUUCACAGGCCCGACGGGCAGUGGGAAGACGACCUUUAUCAGCGAGUACGCCCUGGACCUCUGCAUGCAGGGGGUGAACACCCUCUGGGGAAGCUUCGAGAUUAACAACGUGCGCCUGGCCAAGAUCAUGCUGACCCAAUUUGCGGAGAGGCGGUUGGAGGAGCAGCUGGAGCAGUUUGACCAGUGGGCCGACAAGUUCGAGGACCUGCCGCUCUACUUCAUGACCUUCCACGGACACCAGAACAUCAAGGCAGUGAUAGACACCAUGCUGCACGCCGUGUACAUGUAUGACAUCAGCCACGUGGUCAUAGACAACCUCCAGUUCAUGAUGGGGCAGGAGCAGCUCUCGGUGGACAGGCUUGCUGUCCAAGACUACAUCGUGGGUGCCUUCCGGAAGUUUGCCACGGACAACGGUUGUCACGUGACCCUGGUCAUUCACCCUCGGAAGGAGGACGAAGAGCGGGAGCUUCAGACAGCCUCGAUAUUUGGGUCCGCGAAGGCCAGCCAGGAGGCCGACAACGUGCUGAUCCUCCAGGACAGAAAGCUGGUGACGGGCCCAGGGAAGCCCUGCCUGCAGGUGUCCAAGAACCGCUUCGACGGGGACGUCGGGGUCUUCCCCCUGGAGUUCAGCAAAGUCUCCCUCACCUUCUCCGCCCCCAGCAAGGGGAAGGCCCGGCUGAAGAAGGUGAAAGAGGACAAUGAAACGCCCAAGAAGGCUCCGGCGGGAGGCAGCGGGGCCUCUAAGAAGCAGUGAUCCAGCCUGUACUGUGGGCUGCUCCAACACGGUCCCGUGCCCAGGCCAGCGUUCGCGUCCCGGCAGCCCCGAGGGGCAGGGAGCUGGUGCCCAGGAGCAGCGGAGC